AUGGCAGAGAGAGAUUACUAUGAAGUCCUUGGGGUGAAUCGGAACGCAUCUCCAGAGGAGAUUAAGCGUGCUUACCGUAAGGUCGCGCUGAAGUAUCAUCCCGAUAAAAAUCCGGGAGAUAAGACAGCGGAAGAGAAAUUUAAAGAAGCCUCAAAUGCUUACGACGUGCUAUCGGAUCCGGAGAAGCGGAAGAUCUACGACAUACGCGGACAUGCAGGAGUCCACAACGCUGGAUUUCAGGGAUACACGAACUUUGAGGAUAUUUUCACCAAUUUUGGAGACAUCUUUGGGCGUGAGGUCUUUGGGGACUUCGGCGAUGUCUUCGGAGAUGUAUUCAGUAGAGAAAACCCCACCGGCUUCGGUCCACAACGCCGCGGCAAUUUGCGAACAAGACUGACAAUCCCAUUUGGGGAAUCUAUAUUGGGUACCGAAAAGCGGAUUCAGGUGAACGACAGAACCCUUACCAUUAAGAUUCCGCCGGGCAUUAAAGACGGUCAAUCAUUGCGCCUUGCGGUCAAGGAGAUCUGA